CUCAGUCAGUUCACCUGUGGUAGUCGUUGUGCGAGGACGUCUGCGCGCGGUGUUUUCGUCCGAACGUUACCUGGCGGUAUGACUAGAGAAUUGAGAUAGCAACGUGCUUGUUACAUUGUGGAUGGUUUGAAAAUCUUACUCACGCCAUGAAUGGUUGAAAAUGUCUCGCGUGCCGUUGCCAAUGGCAGAAAUUUGUGAAAAAUAAUGACCAACAUCGUGUUUGUUCGGGGGAGAGAAAAGGGUGUCCAGUGUUAUAGAUAAUGGUUCUCUCUGCUUAAAAUUGUCUUGUGUCGUUUCACCGUGUUCAUUUCGUCUUCAUUGUUGUUUACCGACGAAAUAUUGACGCCAUGGAUUAUAGGAAUAGGAAAAGGAGGGCCAUAAUAGCCUGUCUCUUUGCCGUUGCAGCGUUAGUUCAAAAGGUCACAAGCGAGGACGUCUUCCUCCCCGUCCCUUCUGAGCUCAUCUUCGACGAAGGGGGACACUACCGCUUGGAUUACAGACCCCCUUACGGCAACCCCCCUCCCAACUCCACCUUCUCCCCUCUCAGGGUGGCCGAUGGGAUACAGCUGACGAGGGCGCUGCCAGGAACCAGAUACGAUUUCAGAUUAUAUUACAAGAACGACAGCUUCACCGAUUACCUCAUCUUCGAGGACUCCGUUACCACAGUGCCACCGCCCCCGAGCAAUCUCACGAUCGACGUCCGGGGCGGGCGAUCGGCUCUCGUGUCCUGGGAUCCCCCGGGCACCGGCUCCUACACCGGCUUCAAGCUGAAGGUCAUCCCCCUCUCGGAGCCAAAGAAAACGGAGGUCUUCAUCGUGAAGACGCAGCCUCCCUUCCCCAUCAAGAACCUCACGUCCGGGGCCUCCUACGAACUGCAGCUCCACACCGUCUACGACGGCAUGGAGAGCUCUGCCUAUAUCUCUUCCAAUUUUACGACGAGACCCAACGCUCCAGGGAGAUUCAUCGUGUGGUAUCGGAACGAGACGACCAUGUUGGUCCUGUGGCAGCCGCCAUACCCCGCUGGAUUCUACUCCCAUUACAGGGUGAGCAUCGACCCUAAGGAUGCGAGAGAGAGCGUCAAAACAGUCCUCAGACAAGGAGAGCCUCCGGGACCAGCUCAAGCUUCCUUCCUAGGGCUAGUGCCAGGCCGUGCCUACAACAUCACUGUGGAGACUGUGAGCCACGACCAGAUCUCCCUCCCGACGACGGCACAAUACCGGACGAUUCCCCUGGCCCCCAGGAACAUCACCUUCGACCCCAAGUUCAUCACGACGUCGUCCUUCGUCGCCAAGUGGGAGGCUCCCAAGGGAAUUGGAGAGUUCAACCUAUACCAGCUGAGCUUGGGCGUGAGGAAGAAGGUGCCCCCGCUUAUCAUCGACGGAGACGCCCCAAGAGAAGCCACCUUCGAGGGACUCGAACCAGGGAAGACCUACAAUGUCAUCAAGACGGUUUCGGGCAUCGUCGCUUCUUGGCCCACUACGGCAAACGUCACUACACGUCCAUUGCCAGUGACAGAUUUGCAGGCCAGAGAAAACGAGGCGACACACGAGGUGACGCUCACGUGGAAGGAUGCGGAAAAUUCAAUACAAGAUCACUAUAAGGCUUUGUACCAAGAAGUUGAAGUCUUCAAUGGUGACUCUAGAACCAAAGUUGUGCUAGAUACGGUUGAUGUGGAGGAACUCUACCCAGGCAGAAAUUAUUCACUGUCUGUUUUUGCCAUGUCAAACAACAUCGAGAGUGAACCAACCAUUGGAUACAUUGCUACAAAACCAGCUCCACCCAUAAUUGAAGAACUUCAGUCGAUUCCACAAGGGCUGAACAUAUCUUGGAAGAGUGACGUCACCUCACGACAGGACAAGUACGCCAUUGUUUAUGCCAGGAAUAACACAGGCAAGAGUAUUACUCGACAAACAGUCGACUCUCAUAUUACGCUCACUGACCUGUUCCCUGGGGCUGGUUAUGAGGUCAAGGUGUAUGCCAUCUCUCAUGGCCUUUGGAGUGACCCUCAUACAAAUUUCCAGGCUGUUUACCCCAACCCUGUUCGAAGCCUGACAAUAACGGAAGUAUCAAAUACGUCAAUUACCUUAUCUUGGCAAGCUCCUAUUGAGAGUCUUUUCACUCAUUACAUAGUGAGAUAUCGAACCACAGAAGCUGAGAGCUGGACCAACUUACCUGCUAUUAAUACAACAGGCGCCACAGUGGAUAACCUGGAACCAGGAGAACGUUAUGUCAUCCAGGUCCGAUCAGUUUCAUAUCAUGUUGAGAGCUUCACAGCAGAAGAAGUUGAGAGGACUGUUCCACCUAAUCCAGUCAAGGGGAUUAGUUAUCAGCUUGAUUCCCAAAAUAUUACUUUCGAGUGGCCAAGACCUGAAGGAAGAAUUGACUACUAUACUUUUGUAUGGUGGAAUGCAGCAACCCCUGAAAGGAAGAAAUCGAAAGAAGUUUCAGGAACCCAAGCUACAGAGGGGAUAGAGCGCAAACUUACAGUGUUAGUUGGUGAACUAAGACCUGGAGAACUUUACAACUUUGAAAUUUAUACUACUGCACAUAAUGUAAAGAGUGAAACUGUCACCUUAUCACUAAGGACAAUGCCAGUCAUCACUUCUGAUAUAACAAUAGUUAAUCAGCUAGAAACAAGAUCCUUCACUGUAAUCUACACCCCAACUCCAAGUACUGAUGCUACAUUUGACAAGUACAGGUUCAUGUUGUCAGAUCCUUCUAUACCAGUAAAGGAAAAGCUAUCUGAGGACACUGAUCGCAAGAUAAUAUUUGAGCGCCUGGUACCUGGAAGAUUGUACAACAUCACUGCCUGGACUGUAUCUGGAGACGUAACCAGUCAGCCAUUGAUACGGCAAGAUCGACUGUACCCAGAACCUGUCAGCAACAUAAAUGCUACUCUUACAACAGAUACUGCAAUUCACCUUUCAUGGACCAAACCUGAGGGAUACUAUGACACAUUUGAGGUCCAGUAUCUGACAGAAGAUGGCCUACUUACAAAUCAGACGGAUCGUCCUUCCAUCAGUUUGACCCAUCUACGACCCUAUCACAACUACACUUUCACUGUAUUAACUCGAGCGGGGGAUGUUGAGCACAUUAUGAGGCAGUCAACAUCAGUAUCAGCCACCUUUGCUACAAGUGAAAGUAUUCCAGGACAAGUUGAGAUAUUUAUGCCAGUUGUAAUCCGACCUAAUCUUGUAAGGUUUAAUUGGUCUCUUCCACAAGAAGAAGAAAAUGGUGUUCUUUCUGAAUUUACCAUUAAGUACGGAAUUAAGAAUUCAUCUGUAAUGAAUGAAGAAAAAUUUACCCCUGAAGAGUUUAGUGGCACAAUCAGAGGUCUUAUUCCGGGGGAAACUUACACCUUCCAAAUUGAAGCUAGAAAUAAGAAGGGCCCGGGAAGAAUCAAGACUUAUGAACUGACAAUGCCCAUUUGGGCACCUAACAAACCAAAUGAGAAGGUUUUCCCUACGGAAGUUUCACAUACUUCAACAACAAUCCGCAUUCGUUUCCGUGAAAACUACUUCUCCAACGAAAAUGGAAAUAUUAUUGGAUAUAGUGUCAUUGUGGCUGAAGGGCAUCAUAACAAACAAUCAGGGGGCCUUGAGUUGCCUGCAUGGAAAGAUGUGCAAGGUUACACUAUUUGGCCACCGUACCAAGUUAAUGAGCCAUACUAUCCGUUUACUUCAACACUAGUUGAAGACUUUGUCAUUGGAAAUGAAAGUGAUUGUGAGAAUGCAAAAGGGUACUGUAACGGCCCCCUCAAACCUGGAACCAGCUAUAAAGUCAAGAUAAGAGCUUACACUAGCCGGGACAAAUUUGCUGAUACCGUCUUCACUGAAUUUAUAACAGAUUCUGAAAGUGGAAGCAUUGGGAUGGCUGUGGGUAUACCUAUUGUUGUUGUCAUAUUAAUUGUAGUAUUUGUGAUGAUAAUGAGACGUCGAUCAUGCCGCCUCCAAAAAAGAAACUCGGAUAUUGAUUUGGGACUCCCAGAUAUUAAAACACGGAGGCCAAUCAAGCUUAAAAACUUUGAAGCCUACUAUGAAUUCAUGUCAGCAGACUCGGAUUACCGUUUUGCUGAAGAAUAUGAAGCUUUGAAGUAUGUUGGGCAUGAUCUACCAAGAACUGCUGCUGAUCUUCCUGUUAAUCGGCCUAAAAACAGAUUCACUAACAUCCUGCCAUAUGAUAUCACAAGGGUAAAACUUCAACCCACUGAUGAUGAAGAAGGAUCUGAUUACAUAAAUGCUAAUUAUGUUUCUGGCUACAAUUCCCCCCGUGAAUUCAUUGUUACUCAAGGUCCAUUGCCUUCAACUUGUGAUGACUUCUGGAGAAUGUGUUGGGAAAGCAAUUCACGUGCCAUUAUAAUGUUGACACAGUGUAUAGAGAGGGGAAGAGAAAGGUGUCACCACUAUUGGCCUUAUGAUAGGAGGCCUAUAUAUUAUGGUGAUAUAAGAGUUGCUAUUGUCAAAGAACAACAGUUUCCAGAUUGGAAUAUUUCCGAAUUUAAUGUUUCCAAGGGUGAUGUUUGUAGAAUAGUACGUCACUUCCAUUUCACAACGUGGCCUGAUUUUGGAGUUCCAGAUCCUCCUCACACUUUAGUAAGCUUUGUUCGAGAAUUUAGACAACUUGUGGGAUCAGACCAAAAGCCAAUUAUUGUUCAUUGCAGUGCUGGAGUUGGUCGGUCUGGUACUUUCAUAGCUAUAGACAAACUGCUAUUCACUAUGGAAAUAACAGAUGAAGUAGAUAUAUUUGGAAUAGUGUAUAACAUGAGAAGAGAACGUGUAUCCAUGGUACAAGCAGAGCAACAAUACAUUUGCAUUCACCAGUGUGUGCUAGCUGUAUUGCAUCAAAGAGAUAAAGAAUAUUCACCAAAAGAAAUUCAUGAUAAUCCGGGUUUUGACGAUGAUGAAGGGAUAGUUGAUUUAGGCAUGUGACAUGAGGCCUACGGUUUGCAGCCACUGAAUCCCUAUAUUGAUCAUGGUUCACCACCCAUGGGCGAUUCACAUGAUCCUUACAAUCAAAAAGGUUGUCAACCUGCUGGAAAGUUGAAUAAGCUAUAUAGUGACAAAGGCUGUCAACCUAAAGGCAACAUGCAUAUAUCUUACACUGAAGAUGCUCCUCACCUGAGGGGAAAAAUACAUCUGCCAUAUGACAAAGAUUGCUUACCAAUGGAUGACUUGUACAACAGUAACUUAGCUGUUGUGAUAUGAAUCUCAAUUUUCCAGUUUUCUCUAUUUACUCCAUGUCCAUUCCUGAAAAACAAUGAUUUUUACCUGAAUAUGGAAUCUAAAUGAUAAUAUUUUUGUAGCAGUUUAUUGAUUUUACCAUUUUCAUAUUUGUAAAUUUGGCUGUAGAAACCUAUUUUAAAGUUAUUUGAAAUAGGACUGUUAUUGAAGGUUACCAUGCCUCAAAAGGAGAGAAUUUUUUUUGUUUGUGUUACUGGUACCACAAUAUCAAAAUACACAUUUUUAUGUUUCAUAUUAUUAUCUACCAGAUUUCAAAAGGAUAUUUUAACUUAAUUUUAGUUUUUGUUACUGAAAUCAAUAUCAAAAUGCUAUUUUACAUUUUGUAUUACUUUAUUGUUAAAUUUUCGGUGUUGCAAUGUUUUCCAAAAAAAAUUUUUUUUAACCAACUGACAAGCUGGAAAAAUCCACAGUGAAACCCCCAUAUUUGUGGGGAAUGUGUUCCAGACCCCCCUUGAAUAGCUAAAAUCUGCAAAUGCUUAAAACCUGUAUAAAUGCAAAACUGCCUAUUUUGAUAGUUCAAACACAAGAAAAUCCCACAAAAUUGUUUAUACCUGAAUAUGUAUUUUAAUAGUUUUCACAAAAAGUGCAUUCAAGUCAUAAAACUGAUAUGAAAAUACAUUAUUUAGUGAAUAUUUCUCAGUGAAAAACACCACAUACAGGCAAAUUGUCCACAAAUAAUGGUUGGUUGUGUUUCACAGAGAAACCUGCGAAUCUUGAGAACGCAAAUAAAGGGGUUUACCUUAGUGGGUUUUCUUAGCUUGGUAGCAUAUAAGAUAAAUUUCUUGAUGGCAUAUAAGGUAAAUUUCAGUAAGACUUGGGUGAUACUCUGGUUAACCUGAGCUUCAAAAUUUGUUUCCCCAAGGAAGCACUUCAGAUUCUUUUCUUCAAUACUCAAAUUAAGAAGAGUGAACAUUGUUGUGACAAGUUAUAUAUUCUUGUCAGUACCAAAUGCCAAGACAGACAGACUCAGGGGAUGGCUAAAUAUGCAUUAUUCAUUAAGAGGAAUUAUAGAAAUAUACCUGCUUGAAAAUUAUAAGGAAAGCCAUGUCUUUGUUACGUCUGAAUUUCAGUUACGUGUAGCAUCAUGUAAUAUUUGAAAUUACCUUAAACUAUGUGUUUAAGAUGUGGUAUUUUAUUUUUGACAAUAUUACAUGAAUGGCAUGGUACAAAAUUUGAAAAUCAAAAAUGUUCACAAAACAGUGCCAUUUAUGCUGUGUACUUUCAAAUCAUAUCUAUACUGCUGUGGGCAUGUAGUGAAAAGAUUCCGUCCUUAAAUUACUGUAAAUUGUAAAUACUUAAUGUAUGAAGGUUGUUAUUUUAAAAGAGAUAAGUCUUUAUGUGUACAGUUAAUAUUUUAUUAUUUCUUUGCUCACUGAAUUGUCACAAUGGUGUUUUCCUGAAAUACAUUAAUUGAACACAAAAUAUAAGGCUGUGUUUAAUCUUUUUUUGUACUGUACCAGUACUAAUGCAUGCUGUAAUAUAUAGUUAACAUGAUGUACUUAACAUUUUACUAGUAUUCAGGAGAAUUCAAACACACUCCAAUGAUAUGAAUGAAAAUCCUUGUAAAUCUUUUAUUGAAGAGUUGUCUGUAUGAUGUAUAUUAUAUGAUAUAAAAAUGUAAAAAUAAUUGUUAUUGUAAGUCAUACCUACUGUAUCUUGUACUUUCUUCAAUUUUGAUAGUACUUGAGCCAUUUCUUAUCACCUUUCAUGUCUAAAGUCAUACAUUUUAAAAUGCAAUAGCAAUGUCAUGUAUAUCAAAAGACUUAGCUAUAUUUUUAUGGCAUACAAGUAUUAGUUUAUAUAAAUGUAAAAAACUAUUUUUAUACAAAAUUAUCUUGUCUUUUCUUUCAAGUAGGUUUUAAGAAUGUUAGGGAAUAACAAUGCCUCCUGAAAUGUACUGAUAUAUCUGUAGAAUAUUGUUUUUAUGUUAUUUAAUAAAGUGAUACUUAGAAAAAUAUAGAACAAAAUGUUCUUUCUUGUAUAUUUGGAAGUAGAAUUUACAUGUUGUAAAGUACUGUUUACAAUGGUAAUUCCUUCCUAGUACGAUUAUUCUUGAACAGAUAAUAUGGUUUCCACUGUGAAAUAUAAAAUUCUCUGAAUACAACAUGACCAUUAAAGACAAAUUACUGGUACUUUUAUUACUGUUGUUGUUGUUAUUUUCUUUUUGUAAGUCGAUUAUUAAAUUAGUACAGGAGUCCCAGUUUAUAGAAGAACUUUUAAUGUAAGUUCAUUAUAUGGACAGUCACAGUGCGUACUUAACUUUCAUCCAAGAAGUUGCAGUCUUUUUACUUCUUCACUUAUUCAGUGCUGUAUCUCAUUUUUUAAAUGAAUCGAGUCAUGUCUAUGUACUAUACUUCCAAUUAUAAUAGAUUCUCUUCUGUACAUGGUCGUAUUUAUACAUAUUGUUGAUAAUAAAAAUGUUACUUGAAA